AGUUCAUUGGGCUCUUCCUGUAAGCCUAAAACGUCCCAUAUGUAUUCAACUGCAGCAUGUUGCCUUUCGGCAAGGGGGCCUCUACGUAACCCUUGGCCCCCUUAGGUAGACAAUGCCCACGAUGGUGAAGUUGUGCGUAUGGUUUGUCGCUUGCUGGCUAGUUGCUCGUCUAGCGCAAGCGGACAACAUCACGGUCUCUGACCAGUGCGCGGUGCAGCUGCAGCAGCAACAGACUUAUUAUGAAGAUAUUUUACUGACAUAUAAGACCCAAUGCACAAGUAGGCCGCUCAGGAUUCUAGCUCCUAGUACUUUCACCGACUGGAUUUCACGUCAAGCAGCGCAGUUCGAAGAACUCGUAGGCAUAUCCGUGAACAUGACGUUCAAAGACUACUUUCGGAUUCCAAGCCUUAUUGAUUUACAGCUUUCGGAUUGGGCUCAGCAGGACGUGUGGAUGGUGGACGGCGCAAGCUUACCAUACCUGGCAUACCGAAACGCGCUGUUGCCCCUAGACAACUGUAUAGAAGCAAAUGCGGCUGUUGGGUGGAGCGACAUACACCCGCUUUGGGCGUCGUUGUCGAGGGCAGGCAAUAAGACGAUCGCUAUGCCAGUUGACAGUGACGUUUUGCUGCUAUACUAUCGGCGGGACACCCUGGAUGCUUUCAACAUGUCCGUCCCAGUAACCUGGGCCCAACUAGCGGACCUAGCUGCUGCCUGGAACGCCCGCGUUAGGACCGUGCCACCCACUGCGGCAGCACCCGCCAGCAGCAGCAGCGUCACGUUCCCAGCACCCGCAUCGCAGCUAACGGCGGCCCCUCCAGCAGCCCCUCCCAGCAACUCCACAGCUUCGGGUCUCGCAGCACCGCUGCCACGCUACGGCCUGUGCCUCAAUGACGCCGCCGUCUGCACGUCUAGCACGCUGCUGUCCGCCAUCCUGGCCUCCAUCACGCAACAAUGGGGCCCGCAGACGGGCUGGGCUGUGGACCUGCAGCAGCUUAACCCCGAUGUUGCCGUACGGGAGCUGGUCAAUGGCACCGCCAUGUACCUCGCGCUGCAGACGUACAGCUCGCUCGCGGCGCAGAGCCCCUCGGGGCUGGAAUGCCAGCAAACUUUGAGCAUGUUCGCUCAGGGCGACUGCCUCAUGACAAUCAACUGGGGCCGGCAGUUUAAGGCCUUGCAGGCUGCUGACGUGCCAGUGCGUGGGCUUGUGGGCAUCACCCUCACGCCCGGGAGCUCCCAAAUAUUCGACCGAACGCAGGGGGUGCUGGUGCCCGCGGGGCCGGAUGCCUGCAGCGACCCCGUGCAAUCCGCCUCCACCACCGGCACCAGCACUAGCACUACCCCCACCGGUAGCAGCAGUGCCAGCAGCAGCAACAGCAGCACAUGGGGCUGUCGUGCACCCAUGUUGGCGUACGGCGGCACCUUUGGCGUCAUCGGCCUGCGCAACAAUGCGACCUACCAGCAGCUGGCCUUCCAGUUCCUGUCGCACCUCACCUCCAGCGCGGCGCAGUGGGACGGGCUGCUGGACCCCAGCAGUCCGGUGGAGCCGGUGCGGGUGAGCAUGAUGCAGCAGGGCGCGGAGGCCAUGCUGGCGGGGCUGGAGGACAGGCUGGUGCCGGGGUACGGCGAUUUCGACCCACGAGAUGCCAAGGCCUACCUGGCAGCGAUGAGGGAGGCGUUUAGCAGCCCGAAUGUGGGCGUGGAGCUGGGCGCCCCUGGGUCGUUUGAGCUGAGGCUGUCCAUGGAGUCGGCCAUCACGGCGUACCUGCAGGGCGCCGGUGCGGCUGGGGUGGCGGACGACAUGGUGCGGGACUGGCUGGACGAGUGGUCGCGGCUGGGCUACAGCAGCGCGCAGGUGGUGGCGAUCAUGAGGGGGGCGAUACCCCCCGGCAACGACACGGAGCAAGGGGAGACCGACACGGUCCGUCGCAAGGCAACGCGUUGGGGUAUCGCCGUUGGUGUCUCCUGUGGUAUUGGGCUGCCGGCUGUGGUGGCUUUUUUGACGCUGUGCUGGUGCAAGCGACGCAGGGCCCGACAGGCGCUGCUGCGGCGCAUUAUUGCGCCCACGCUCGGCGCCGAAACCUCGCUUGUAGUUACAGACAUCCAGGACUCCACAAAAUUCUGGGAGGUGUUGAGUAGCGACGUCAUGGACUAUGCUAUCUACCAUCAUCACUCGCUGGCUCGGCGCCUCAUGCUGCAGUUCCAGGGAUACGAAUCGGCGACGGAGGGCGACUCGUUCAUCAUUGCUUUCCAGACAGCCGACGACGCCGUCUGCUUUUGUGCGCUGUUUCAGCAGGAGUUACUGCUGGUGCCCUGGCCUCCCGAGCUGCUCAUGCUGGAGGGUUGCAAGCCUGUCUGGAUGUGCAGGAGCAUGGCGGAGGCUCCGCGGCGUGACAUCCAGCAGCCGCCCCAGCUCGAGGUGACCCGCUCGGCGGCUCCUCUCUCGCCCUUCACGCUCUCUGCCAUGAGCGGAGCGGCAAACAGCGGCAGCUACCACAGCGGCGUGCGCCGCGGCCUGCAUGUUGGCCCCACGGCUGCCCGCGGGGACGCCGCCGUCGCAGGGGGACUCGCUUCCAUUCCCGGUGCGGCGACCUACACCUCGCCAUCGCCUUCAAUUGCCGGCGGAGCAAUCGGGCAAUUCGGAUCCGUGAGUCAUACCUACAUGGGGCCUUACAGCGUACAGGCUGCGGCACAGCAGCAGCACCAGCACCAGCAGGACAUGAACCCUCCACCGGCCUUGUCAGCACCGACGGUGGCUACUGCGGCAGUGGCGUCCGGGGCCGUACUGCCGCGUUUUGCGCGCGGCACCGCCUCCUUCGCGACCCCUGGGUCGCCAGGCACCAUAGGCAGCAUAGGCGCCCUGGGGGCAUCUCCGCGGCAGAUGAGCUUUCUAGGGCGCAGCGCCAGCAGGCUGGGCAUGACCUCCAAUCCCGCGGUUGUCACAACGACGAUGUCCACUGUGUCGUCAGCGGUAGUGUCGGGACUCAAUGCGGCUGGCGGCGGAGGCGGCACGGGCGGCGGCACCGAGCGCGCCCCGGUUAACCCUUCACAAGGGGAGGCUCGGGGAGCUGACGAUGGGUUCCUGCCUGCGCCGCUCGCUUUCCAGGGAAAUCCGACCACGUCAUCAGUGCAGCCGGACGCUGGUCCAAGCGAUGGCGGCGAUGGUGAAGGCGAUGGCGGCGGCUUCAGCAAUGAUGCAGCCGCCGCUAGGGCAGGACUGGAGGCAGGGGGCGUCAUGUCCUUCCGGGAGAGCUUCCGCGCGGCGAGUGACGAGCCACUGCAGCGGCGGCGGUCAUCGUCUGAAGGCGAUGCCUUGGGGCUGCUUCCUGCCGACGCCACAGAUGCGCCAAAGGUUCCCACGCUGACGGGCGCAGCUGUUGUGAUCAGUGAAAGCGGCGCGGCUUCAGGAGCGAAACGAUGCGGCAGCGGCGGUGGUGGCAGCGGUAGCAAUGCAGCCCUCACGCAGUGCGGAGCACCGCCUUCCCGUUCCAGGAGCCUCGCGCGCAGCGUCUCCAUGAUGGGCAUGUCCUGUGGGCUAGACUUCCGUACUGGGAAUGACGGCGGCGACGACAUGCCUGGGUUUGGACCCACGGGUCCGUCCCGCUCCGUGGGGCCAAUGAGCUGCGACGGCGUCACGGCCAUGGCCCGCAUCGACAGGUCUGAGAAUGGCAGGCUGACAGAUCGACCCACGCCUACCUCCAAGAGCUCUGACAUACGAACAGUCUCCGAAUUCAAUACCGUACUUGAAUCUUGCGGCGGGGACGCGUACAUGCGGCCUUCAGAACUGGGCGUGCAUGUAAGCCCGCCUGGCACGUCCAUAGGCUCGGUCUGCAUGGCCACCGGGUUUCCGCAGCCGCCGUUACCGCCGCGACGGCAGGAAGCGCUGCAACCCACGUGCGCUAAUCCCGGGAGCGAAGCCGAGGCGCAGCCAUUGGACAGCGGUACGAGAUCACCUGCAACAAGGUCGACUGGUCCGCUAGCAGAGGGCGUUGGGCAGUUGACAACGCCAGGAUCGUUAGUUAGCCCGCCUUACAGUCCGCGCGCUGUUGUUCAGCGCGUUUCCGUACAUUUUGGCUUUCCGUCUGCCUCCGCCUCUGCCGCAGCCACUGGGAGCGUAGCCGGCACGGGUGGGCACGCUGCGUGCAGCAGCGGCGAUGAAGCAUGGGCGUCCGCCGGGGGUGCAGGUGGUGGUAAUGGCGCCUCGACAAGCAUGCCCACGCCACGGCUGGCGGGACCGCAAGCUCCAGUCAGUCCACCGCAUAUGGACACAGGCACCUCGGCUGGAGCCGACGCCGGCGACGGAGGCCUGUCUGGCACCAUGGCGCAUUCCCAAGUGUCGUACAACUCCUCCUCGCCAUCCGCGUCGCGGGGUUCCCCGCCUCGCGCUCCACCCCUAAGCGCCACACCACGCGCCAGCCGCUACUUGCACUCCUCUUGCAGUGGGGUCCAGGACAACCCCGACACGUCUCCCCCGGUGCCUCUCAGCUGCCGUGCCGCCAGCCGGCGCCGCUGCAGCGAUAUUACGGGUACAGCAGGCUUUGCCGAGUAUGCGGCACAGUACAGCCCGGUUGUUACUACAGGAUCGAUCCACGGAGCCAGCCAACAUAGUCCGACGCUUAGCCAGAGCCCAUGUCACAGUAUCAGCACGGUACAUGAAAGCGGUCUUAGGCCGAGCCCAUUAGGCCGAGGCUCUACGCAAAUAGCGGCGGGCAGGAGCUAUCGCUCUCGCAUUCAGGGCAGCAGCGGCGGCGGCAGUGACGGAGUGGGCGGCGGGCGCAGCAGCAACAGCCGCAGCCUUCGGGGACCCUCCGUCGAUGGGGCUGAAGCCACUUACCGCGGCCAUUCAUCUCCCCUGCCAGGCGUCUUUUCCGAGGAGGCUCUUCCAGAGGAGGAAGACCGAGUCCCCAUGGACGUCCCGAGCUGCGGUGCCGAGGGCGAGAGCAGCAUCGCCCUAGCGAGGGAUGAAGCCGCCACCACCGCUGCCACCGCCGCCAGCGACGGCCCCUCCCCCGACGGCACCGCCAGUGUCCCACUCAACCCCUUCCGCCUCGGCCGUCGUAGCAACCUGCCAGUAGCUUUCAAACGCAGCAUGACCACGGCGCAGGCUCAUGCCUCCGCCGCCGGCGCUAUCGUCAUCGGCACCAGCCACAGCGCGCUCCGCAGCGGCGGCGGCGGCCCCUCCUCCAGCACGCCGCGCGCCACCGCCGCCGCCGCGGCCAUGGCCAGUUCCACGAGCGCUUCCCGCGGCAUCUUUGGGCUGGUAGGGCUGCCGUCACCGCGGCCGGGCGGCACGGGGCUGCUGGGGCUGGGCAUGGGUUUGAGUCACACGCUACACGCGGUGGAGUCGCGGGCGGGCAGCAUGGCCAGCAUGAUGCGGCUGGCGUCGCAGCAGAACCUGCAGUCGGUGGGGGACUCGCUGUGCAGCCGCUGGCGGGUGGUGGAGGAGCGCGAGAACGGCGCGCAGCUGGUGUUCAGGGGCUUACGCGUGCGCAUGGGCGUGCACAGCGGCCUGAGCGAGGAAUGCGACGCGGUGCAGCUGAACCGCACCGCCAACCGCACGCAGUACACGGGGCUGGGGCUGCAGAUGGCCAAGGCGGUGUGCGACUGCGCGCAUGGGGGGCAGGUGCUCAUGUCGGAAGCGGCCUUCACACAGCUGGCUGUGGAGGGCCUGAAGGAGCGCGUGAUGGUGCUGCACAUGGGCGAGCACCGCAUGAGGAACGAGCUGCCCGCAACCAGCAUCUACUGCGGCUGCCCGCGCGCAUUGCAGGGUCGCAUCCCCACGCUCCGCACCGUGCGCAGCCAGCAGCAGCACAGCCUGGGUGUGCUGGAGGCUCCCGCGGGGCUGGUGGUGGUGGUGUUCAUGCACGUGGUGGGCGCCAUGAGCCUGCUGGACUGGCGGGCCGACCUGGCGCACACGGCGCUGGGCUUGUUCCGAGACCACGUGUCGCUGGAGCUGAUCAAGCACCAGGGCUACCUGGUUGAGGCUGUGGAUGGUCUGGUGCUGGCGUCCUUCUCGUCGCCCGCUGCGGGACUGCGUUGGGUGGUCAAGUGCCAGCACGACAUGACCAUGCUGCCCUGGCCACAGGAGCUGCUGAGUCACGAGGCGUGUGAGGAGCUGUGCACCACGCGAGUCAACCCGUUGACCGGGGUCCAAGAGGAGGUCGUGCUGUUCAGGGGCUUGCGCCUGAAGGCCGGAGUGGACAUGGGUCGGCUGCGAGGCGAAAUCAACUGCAUCACAGGCCGCAUGAGCUACCGCGGCCGUGCCAUGAACCGCGCUGCCCGCAUUGUAGCCACGGCGGGGUCGGGCCAGAUCCUGGCCUCCUCUGACGUGUGGCGGGCGAGCAGUGCGCAGGCGGCGGCGCGCAUGUACAACCUGACGGCGGUCAGCCUGGGGCAGUUCAACCUGAAGGGGGUUUCGGAGCCCAUUGAGGUCUUCCAGAUCAAGACCGCCUCCGACAUCUUCUCAAAGCGCUCUCGCGCCGUCCUCUCCAGCGUGGAGGACCCCCUGGAGCUGGACGAGCUGCCCAUCGCCGACCCCACCGCUGCGCUGCACCACCAUGCGGCCAUCAACAACGCAGCUUCCAGCGCGGCCGCGGCCGCGGCGGCGGCGGUGCUGGCCAGCGGCGCAGCUGGCGGACCCGCUGGCGCGCUGGCGGCUCGGGUGGGCAGCAUCAGCGCCGGCAUGGGUGCGGGCGGGGCCGGUGGCUCCACGAGUCUUCCCGCGCGGAUGAUGCUGGAGAGGGUGCAGUCCAUGACGGGAGGGCUGGCGGCGGUGCUGAGGCGGGAGGAGAGCGCCUCGCGCGGCGCACGGGGCAACCUCAGCCGGCAGCUGUCGCGCAAUGUUUCUGUGAGCAGGUCUCGUCGCUCUAGCCGACGCAGCAGCGUGGGCAGCCAGUACAGCGCACUGGCGACCAACACCAUGGUGGCGCUUGCACGAGGUUCGUACGACGGCCGCUUGGAUGUCGUAUCUCCCGUGCGGUCCGGCGUCGUACAACACGUGGCAGUAACAGCGGCGCCAGGACCUGCUGGAACGACCUCUGCUCCGCAGGGCGCCUAUGCAGCCGCAGGCAUGACGUCGCUCUACACCAACGCCCCAGGCAGCCAAGCCAACACACAGGGCGCCCUGGCGACUGCAGGCGCUCACGCCGGUGGCGGUGGCGGUGGUGGCGGCGGCGGCGUCAGCAGUCUGCCGUACGGCACCAACUUGGCACACGGCUCCAACCUCCCUGCUUCCAUUGGCUCCGGAACCCGCACCUCCCGCAACUCCACUGCGGAGCAAAUGGACACGGACGGCAACCGCUCCUCCAACCAGCGCAGCUCCAACCCCUCAAUUCGCUCCAUUGGCGUCCCUCGCCAAGGCUCGAGUUCCGUACACCACGCACAGCUGCACUCGCAGCCUCCGUACGGCUCGGCGCAUACGGGCGCUGGGUCCCCCGUGCUGUCCAGGACCGGUGCAGCACAAGGGCUGGUCCGCCACAUCUCAACUCUUAUCCGCUCCGCUUCCAAUGCCCUGUACGGCAGCUCAGGCAACAACAAUAACAGCAACAAUGGUGGCGGCGCCGGUGGUGCCGCUGCCGGCGUCAUCAGCAGCGGGCCAUUUCAUGGCGCCGGCUCGCAACCGCUGUCGCCGCGGCAGCAGUCACAGUCGCAGAUACCGUCACUCGGUGUUGCGCUGUCGCCGACGUUGGAGACCACAUACGAGACAGGCGAUUCUGGUGGCGGCGCAGGUGGAGGGGAAAUCGGGGGCUACCGACGUAGGCCUUCAGGCGAGCGCGGUGUCUAUGAGAUGGCGGCUGGCGCCGCCGGUACGGCAGCGCCUGCGGCGGGUCUGCCCUCCGUCGGUAGUCCCACGGGUGCUCCCGCUGCGGGCAGCGGCGGUCAUGGGGGCGGUGGCGGUGGCGUCCUGAGGGACCUGUUGGCGCCGAGGCUGAGAGCCGCGGGGAGCUUGUUCCGUGUGGGCUCGUUCAGCGGUCACGUCCGCCGCCGCGCUGAGGACGGCAACCGCGCCAGCGAUUACGACUACUUCUCAACGGACCGCCGCAACCGCUCGCCGCCCGGCCGCCGCCUGGCCUCCACUGUUAGCGGCCUGCGCUACGUGGCUGCCACUGGCGGCGGCCCCGUGGGUGUGACCUCGGGCCUGCCUAGCUCCCCCGAGUCAACCCUCAUGCGCGCCCCCUCUCGCCGCCGGAGCGUUGUGGAUCCUUCACGGCCGCGUUCGGCAACGGUGGAUCGAGCCACCGCCGGCACGGGUACCGGCACCGGUACGGCAGCCAGCGGGGCCGCGGGUGCGGCACGCACGUCGCUGAGCGGUUUGUUGGAAGGGCCGGAGGCGGGGGAGAACAGCUUUGUAAUUGUUGUCGGAGAGGAUGAUCAGGAGGAGCAGGAGCAAGAGGAUCAGGAGCAGGAGCAGGAUGAGGCGUUCCAGCGACCCAUGGCGCGUGUGGAAUGGUCGCGUGGGGGGCGUGGGGGUUCGCUGAGGGGCGGGGUGGGGCCGGGCGCUGGGUCGAGUGCAGGCCACGUGGGAGGCUCUCUCCAUGGCUCUAGGGAGGCGAACCAUGCGACAAUAUCGCGGCUGUUUGCUUCGGCCGGUUUGAGCGGGAACGCGGGACAACAGCAGCAGCUGCAGCAGCAGCAGUCUGGGGUGAUUGUGUCAGCGACGGUGGCGCGCUGGGAGUUGGGAGGACCGGUGGGUAACAGUGGUGGCGAUGGAGGUGCAGGUGCACCGGCAGCGGGGAGUUGACGCAGAGGCGCCGGCGCAAGAUGUGGAUGAGGGUGAGGUGGAAAGGGAGGUGCACAUGAUUGUACAUGGGCGGCAUUUUCGGCUCCGUAAUUAAAGCCCCAAUACUAUUCUACUUAGGCUGCGAGGCCAAGUUCGUGCUAUAUUUUCAGGAGAGGAUUUAGGCUGAAGGGCGAUCCCUCUACUAUCCUUGCUGAAUCACUUUCACUGUUCAGACUGCUGCUCGGGUUUCGUAAGACUGCCAAAAGUAAAUGCUGGGAGAGCAAGAAUUGCCCUUUUCAGCUGCAUGAAUGCUUUUUUUAUGAUAGGGUGGACGCCUUACUGCGUGGUUGAAUUGUGGGGUUGUGUGAGGAGUGCGUAGGGUAGAGGAGAUCGCUUGGAGACCAUGCGCCAAUCAUCUACGCCAGGAAAGCAAGAUUUUAAUUCUUGCCCAUGCUAGUUUUCAAUGACUGCGAACUAUUGCGCAGUAGCCAGGAUUGGUGAGUGUUUGCCAGCACAGCGACCUAGCCAGGUAUUGGCAGUUGACAGCGGAUGUUGCAUGGCUUCCAGGGGUUGUAACAUGGUGUCAUAUACUUAUA